GUUUGUGCGAAAUACUGAGGAAUAUGUUAGUGUGUUUAGAAGAGAUAUAAACAAAAUUCCCAGUUCAAUUUCUAGAAGAAUAAUCUUGAAAGAGUUGAAUAUAUAUUGUGGGGUGGGAGUUGGAUCCCUUUAGGGGCUUUGAAUUUUGUUUUGGAUUUGAAGCACAGUAAGCUAGAGAAGCCGUUAAAAGCAACGCCCUUUCAAAACCUUCUCCCUCCAAAACCACCCUCCCUGUCUUUCUUCUAUGCAGCAAAGAAACACACCCAAGAACACAGCCACACACACCCAGAAGAAGAAUUGCACCUAUCUACGAUGAAGAAAGCACUAGCUCUCUUCAGCCGCAAGAAAGCCUGUCGCCCAUUCAAGGACUACUACGCUCAAUGGAUCCAUGCCCUCAACAGCACUCUUCUUCCACUUCUUCGCCGCGCCAUGCUGUCCUCUUCUCCCAGUAAUCUCUCCACCCACGUGGAGAUGGUUCACCACCAUUUCCAGGCCUACUACGGACCUCGCCGCCUCCAACGAUGUCGCACAACUGCUCUACCCCGAAUGGCGUAAUUUCCUCGAGAAGCCUUUCCUAUGGCUCGGCGACUUCCACCCCUACCUCUUCACCAACCUGCUCCGAUCAUUCCUCGAUGAUGGUGAUGACGACGAUGAUGAUGGUGACCAUGAAGUUGGAGAGACUUGUAGUUUCUGCGACACACCAUGGCAGAUUUUGAUGGCCUGGAAGAAUCCUUCAGAAACCCUGAUGGCCUGGAUCGAGCAAAUCGAGUGUGCUUGUGGCUCGGGUGAGGAAUGCACAGUUGGGGCUAUUUGAUCGGGUUGCAGCUGACUGGGGGCUGUUUGAGGGGAAAAGAGAGGGGGCUAAAGCGGUGAUUGGAAAGGCAGUAAUGGGUCAGAUGGAUGAGAUGCUGGGGGUGUUCUUGGAUGCCAAUGGGCUGAGAAAGAGCGUUCUUGCAGAGAUCAUCGGCGAAACGAAUGUUUAUCAGGCGGCUCUGUUUCUUGAAGGGCUUGCCCAGUUCUUUGUGGGCUUCAGGGAUCAUGAAUUGCUCAGUGAAUUUGAACGCUGCACGGUUCCUAUCAACUGAAAAUUUUACUUUCGAGUUCAGUUUUUUCCCUUUUCUGUUCUUGCUCCGCAAUGUGAGAUUCUUGGACACUCUUUUGCUGGGUCCUUCUCUGGUCCUCUACUCUGAGCUUUCUUGCAUGUCUUGGAGUAGAGGGUUUCUGUUUGGAUUUUUUGGGUAAGAGUUUUGCUUUUCCCAUUCAAUUCUAUUUCAAGUUAUUAGUCAUUUUGUGUGAUUAUCGGUUGUUUUGAUCACCAAUUACACUGAACCAGCCUGGUGAUACCUUUUUCUUUAGGGAAUUUUCAAAUUCAUAGUUCGGCAUGA